AUGCAGCUAGUUGUGGUCGUCUCUGUCUUCCAGUCUGUGCUGCUGGGGGUUCGGGCCUGUCCGUCCUUGUGUACCUGCGUCAAUGGAAGCCACGGGACAGAGGAGCUCAGGUUGGUGCAAUGCAGUGACCCUGGAAUUUCCGCCGUCCCCGUUAACGCGCCUCCCGAUACCGUCAAACUGCGCCUGGAGAAGACCUCGAUCUCCAGGGUGCCCAGAGCGGCCUUCUACAACCUCUCGCAGCUGCAGUUCCUGUGGUUAGCCUAUAACUCCAUCACGUCCAUUCACCCCAGCAGCUUCCUAAAUCUGAAGGCACUGCGAGAACUCCGACUGGACGGAAACCUCCUGUCUGCUUUCCCCUGGGAAGGGUUGAGAGACAUGCCGCGCCUUUGCACACUGGGACUGCACAACAACCGCCUCUCCAGUCUUCCCGCCCACGCCGCUCUCUUCCUCCCCAACAUCACCUACCUAGAUCUCUCCAGCAAUAGAUUAACUGUUUUGCCUGCUGAGCUGCUGGACCUUUGGUUCCCCCUUCAAAGGGAAUGGGGAGGAGCUGUGCAAAGAAGAGUUCUGGGUCUCCAUGACAACCCCUGGCUCUGUGACUGUCAGAUCUCCAUGGUCACGUCCUUGUCCAUGUCCCUGGGAAGCCCUGUGAUUCUUAUGGACCAGCUGCUGACCUGCAGCAGAUCUCUCGGUCAGUCGGGGGUGCUGUUAACACAGGCUGACCUGUCGCGGUGCAUGAGACCCUCGGUUCAGCCUGCAGCCACCAAAGUGAUUUCUCCGCUGGGCAGUAAUGUAAUCCUCCGCUGCGAUGCCACUGGCUACCCAACACCGACUCUGACCUGGAUUAAAACGUCAGUUUACACCAAUUGCUGCCAACAAUCAGAAACCUCAAGCAACUCUGAACAGCUGCCCAGAAACCUGGAGAGUUUUAUGCAGGAAUCUCCUCGAGUGGGAGUUCGCUGGUCGAUCAUCAGCUUAAAUGGGCUAUCACACAAGGACGCGGGUGAAUAUCGAUGCCAGGCACGGAACAUGGCAGGAACUGCUGAAGCUCCUAUUAGGCUUAAAGUGGUCGGGAUUAUAGGCCCAUCCCGCCCUCCAAAGACCGUGCCUGAAAAGGAUGUGUUCUACGCCACCUACUGUGAGGGUUGCCCCACACCGCCUCACAGUAGGUGGCGUCUGGAGGUGUGA